AUGCGCGUGGUGUCGUGGAACAUCAACGGGCUGCCGACCACAUUCAAGGAGGCCAGCAGCAAGUACGGCUCCGUCGCGAGCUUCUUCUCAAACGUCCUCCGCGCGGACGUGCUCUGUCUGCAGGAGGCGAAGGUGGCGGAGGAGCGGGUGGAGCGCGCGUGGGCGCUGGUGGACGGGUACGACUCGUACUGGGCGUUCAGCCGCGACAAGAAGGGGUACAGCGGCUGCGUGACCUUUGUGCGCGACGCCCUCACCCCUCUGGACGCGCUCGCCGAUGCUGUCGGCCCCAACGGCCUCGCGUGGCAGGCGAGGAGCACAGAGAGAACGCCGUGGGAGGCCAUGGGGGGGCCUGUUGUUGACACGCCGGGUGCUGGUGCCCCUGGUGGUGGGGGAGACGAGUUUACGGAUGGGGGAAGGAGAGGAGAAGGAGUGGAGGUGAUGGAGGAGGGGGAGGGGGAGGGGGAAGGGGAAGGGGAGGGUGACGGGGAGGAGGGGGAGGGGGAGGGGUCGGUGUGGAGGGAGGGGAGGUGUGUGAGGACAGACCAUGGGCGGUUUGUGCUGCUGAACGUGUACGUGCCGAAUGCAGGCGAGCACAAGCACGGGCGCCCACGGCUGCGGCGCAAGAUGGGGUUCCUGCGAGCGCUGCGCACAGAAUGCGAUGCGGUAAGGGCGAGUGGGCGGCACGUGGUGGUGGUGGGCGAUGUGAACAUCUCCCACCAGGACAUAGACGUGUUCCACCACUGGCGCGUUGACCACAUCUACUGCGCUGCGGAGCUGCAGUGGCUGGAUGCGCUGUUUGGAAGCCCCGGUGCGCCCUACGUAGACCUCUUCCGCCACUUCCACCCCUCGGCAGCCGGCGCCUUCACCGUGUGGGACCAGCGCACCGACGCGCGCAGCCGCAACGAGGGCCAGCGCAUCGACUAUGCAGUGUGCGACGCGGCCUUCCUCCCGCACGUGCUCGCAUGCGACAUCGUGCGAGUAUCCCCCAAGCAGUGGAGCGACCACGCUGCUGUCGCCCUCACCCUCUCUGAUGAUACUUCCCUGCCGCUCCUGCCCCCUCACCCCCGCCCGGCACUGUCCGCGCACAACAUGCGAAAGUUCCAGGAAGAUGUGUCGCAGAGGAAGUUGACUGCCAUGUUUGGUGCGCGGAGGGGAGGAGGGCGAGGAAGAGGAAGGGGUGGGGAAGAGCGGGGAGAGGCGGGAGGGCAAGCGGAGAGGAGAGGGAAGGAGGGCGGUGGUGGGAACGAGGAGGAGAACAGAAAGAAGGAGAAGGGACUGGAGGACACGGAGGGAGGUGGGGAGUUAGAGGAACGAAGAGGCAAGGGGGAAAGGGAAGGUGGGGAGAGGGAAACAGGGGACGGAGAAUUUGUGGAGAGGAGGGAUGGGAAGGACGGGGGGGAGUUAUCAAAGUGUAUAGUGAGCAUUGGUGGGAGGGAAAGUGGUUUAGGUACGGGCAGUGGUGACACAUGCACGAGGGAUGCUGGUGAGGGCGAUGAGAGGCGUGUAUCUUGCGAGGGUUAUUCGGGUGAGAGGGAGCGGGAACGCAAGGAGAGGGGAGGCAGGGAGGGAGAAGGCAGGGAGGGAGAAGGCAGGGAGGUACGUGGAGGCGCAUCAGGUGCAGUGGCAAGGGUGGCAGUUGCAGAUGAAGCUGUGUGUGCGGCUGUGAGCCCAGGCUGCCCAGCACACGUGCCCAGCGGGGGGAUACUACCAGGAGACGAUGUGUUUCCAAGGAAUGGUGUGCAGGAUGGCAGUGAGAAGGAGGCGGAGAGAACAGAGGGUGGUGGGGGUGGUGAGGGAGGCGAGGGCAUUGGGAGACUAAGAGGGGGAGGCGAGGGGGUAGGGGUGGCUCUGCUGCUAAGAGAGUUGGCACUAGUGCUGGUGCUGGCAAAAGUGGCUCACAACGCUUGA